GCCCGCCAGCCAGUUGAAUUGCCGGAAAUCGACACUGCGACUUCCCUAAACGGCUCCGUGAGUGCGUAGACUGCUUUUGGACCUCCAGGCAAUUAACGGGUCAUCGCGAAGAUGCAGUGGCUGAGAGCGGUGGUGCUACUGGCCAUCCUGCUGGAGGCGUCCGAAGCGCGUCCUAAGGCUGACGCUGAUCUGGCCACGAGCGACAGAUCAGUGGGAGGCUCUCAUGUUGAACAAUCAACAGAGUAUGAUGUAAAGAAGUCCUCACUGGCGGACUCCAUUCAGCAGGUCACGGAUCAACUGAUCACGACUCCACGAGAUGUCACGAAUGCCAGUGUCGUGAACAGCACACUAGUGCUGGAGGAUGUGCCGCAGGAUGAGGGCAAGGCGAACGAAGAGAUUGUCGUGAAGGAAGAUGAGGGUCACAAAGGAGUGGCGGUUCCGCUGACGAUGAAGGAUCUGGAGAGGGAGAUGGCUGCCAUGGAUAUUCGCCUCAAGGAAUCUUCCACUCCCAAGGUGGGCAUUUCCACGUGGAUCCUCUUGUCAGAGAGUGGCUCCACAGUGAGCCCAGAUCUCAAGGGACCCACCUAUGAGAUUGGGAGUGAGAGCAAAGCCACCACAGAUCCCGUGAACGCUGUUGUCUCCAAGGAGGUCAAUGUGGAGACUCCAAAGGUGAUCAGUGGAAAGACUCCGGCCAAGAACAACACCCAUCGAAAGAAGCAGAGCUCCAAGGAGGAUAGCAAGCCUAAGAAACGAACGACAACUACCAGUGCUCCUCUUGAGGACACCACUGAAGCGAGACCCAAGGAUGAGGUUACAACUCGACAGACGCCUUCACUUGAGUCCACGACGUUCUUAAUCCUCGAACCCAAGGAUGCGGACUUUGAUCUGCCGCAGGACAGAUCACCGAAUCUGCACAAGAAGACCAAAGUGUCCACAAAGUCGCCCAAUAAGCCUCAGCAGAAGAAGAAGCCCAAUAAUCGGAACAAGAAGAAGCCUUUGGACGAGGCCAGCGCAAAGCCCGCUAACAACAAACCCGCGCAAAAAGACAAGCCCAUCUCCACAAAGAUCUACAACUACCUGUCCAGGGAGGUGAUGCCCACGGUUGGGGUGAGUCUGGUGGGUCUUGUAGUGACGGCAGGGAUUGCGAGUUACCUUCUAGGCGGUCCAUUCGGUGCUCUACGUCGCUCCUACGACGUGGACAGAAAGGAUGAUGUCUAUUUCAACAACAAUGAAGAGUACGCUGGGCCAGAUGGGCAGUUUGAAGAGGAGUGGCUGACGAAAGUUAUGGCGGGAUCGCCGAGUUACAGGAACAGCAUUAGAUAUCACUCCUACAGACCCGUUCAGGCUCACAAUCAGCAGCCUUAUCACGGCUAUGCCGCCUACAAAUAUCCUCAGUACAGUCGAUACAGGACUACUGGACAUCAUCCUCUGGUUCAGUAUAAUCCACACCAGCAACCUCAUCCUCAACAAGCUCAUCCUCAACAAGCUCAUCCUCAAUCAGCUUCUAACUACCAGGCUUACAAAGCCUACAGUCCAAUGAGCAGUAAUCCUCCUGCGCAAAUGGAGUUGAGGAACACGCAGAAAUCCAUUAGCGGAUCAAUGGCUUACAUGCCCAACGAGAUGCCCGUCAAGACGCACAUGAAUCCGAUAGCGGGAGAGACGGUGUCUGAACUGAAAGCUUCCCAAAGCAUCACGGUUGGGAGUGAAAGUGAUGCUCCCGUGGAGAAGGACAACGUCUUGCAGCAUCGAUCUCAAUUCGUGGUGGGUUCUGUGAUCAAUGACCAGUCGGAGGACACCAUGCCAGUGCCUGAGCACGGUCCUCGUCGUCGCCGCAACGCCAGAGAUGAGCGAGACUCGCGCGGUAUCAAUGACAAUGAGGUCGAUGACGAUUUCAAUGAAGUCGAGGGAAACAAAGAAACCGCCACCAAUGCGGAAACCCCUGAAAUCACAGACACCACAGCGCCAGUGGAUGUGAUCUCCACUACUGAGAAUCUGGGUGGCGUUCCUGCUGAAGACACGGGCUUCUUCGAUCUCGUCCGGCGCCUCAUCGAUCUCAAGAUACGCUUCGGGCUGAGCUUCCUGCAGAACGCCACGGCCACUUUCCAGAGGUACUUGAGUGGCGUGCAGGAGCGCAUAGACAGUUCUCCCACUUUCACCUACUGAUCUCC